GGUUUUCCAUGGUGGUCUAGCUUGAAUUGGCUGAUGCAUUGAACUAUCAAGUAUCCAAAUGAGUUGAAAAAUUAAAUUUUCAAGUGUUUACUUACUCAGUGUAGGCCACUUCUUCAGCGAAUUAAUAAAUAAGCAUACUAAAUUACAUAGUACGAAGGAACAAAACAAAAAUACUUAGUAUGACCAGUUAAAACUCUGGUCAAUGUGAUUUUAGACGAAACAUGUUUAUGUGUAUUUUUGUGCAUGUUAAUUAGUGUAAAAAAUAUGACCUUUGUAAUAUGAAAAGACAGAGUUGAUUUUGUACAUAAGAUAAUAAUGUAAGAUGCCAAUAGAAUUAAAUAAAUGGGUAAAUGAACUAAAUCGGAUAGAUACUGAGGCUUUUUUUCCAGUGAGGAUAAUAGGAUUUAUCAAUAUGUGGAAAGCUAUAGCUACUCACCUUUCAUUGUAGUUGGAAAAGAUUUUCUGUAAUAUGACGUUGAUCUGAUCACAUUAACUAGUUUCGAUACAAAAAAAACGAAUCACAAUCCACACGAAUUACAUUCCUAUCAAUUUCAUUCACUUGACUACAGAAUCUACAUUAUGGAAAAACACUCAUCACCAGAGUCGUUCGUAUGAUUGCGCACACUGUUCAUUGAGUACAAUUAUGUGGUUAUUGAUGCUGGCCGCUUAAGUUACUCAUUCUCUAAAAUUAUUGAAAACACCAAAUAAUUCAAUUAGAUAUUUCAUUCGUUAUACCAGUGACUUAGAAAAUACUGAAUAAAAUUAUAACUUUUUAAAAUAUGUUUUCAUUUGAUGUUGAAAUCAGACCAAGUUCCGUAAUUUUCUCACUUCUAAUGGUCACUAUUCGUGAUAUGCGUGCACGUUUCCCAAUUAAUUAUGUCUUCUUGUUUUUAAAUACUCUGUUAUUAUGUUACGCAUUUAUACCACCAAUACUAGGGAUAAAAAUUGGAUAUAUAAUGAUAUCCUUUAGUGCCGCAGCAUUUAUUACAUUUUCAAUGAUAAUACUCGGGAUGUUCAUCAAGGUUAAAAUUCCUUUUGUUUUGUUGAUUACUGUUUUAAGCAGUUUCAUCAUUGCAGGGCUUGCAAUAUCUGUUGUAUUGUAUUUUACCCACAAAGAAGUAGCACUUCAUGUAAUGGGAACAUUUUUUAUCUUGUCAGUUUUACCGGUCCUGUUAUUUAUUGGCCAGCAGCUGAAAAUUGAAUACUCUCCAUGGAUGCUUCCCUCCUAUUAUAUAUUAUAUGCUGUACUGGUGUCAGUAAUAUAUUUGUUCAUAUUUUAUUCAAUCGCUGUGCAAUUUUUAAAUCACAGAAACAAAUCAACACGUUAUAGCUGUUAAUGUGUACAAUGUAACGUCUAUAAAUCGAAAUGUAUCGUUUCAUUUAAAUUAUUUUAAUUUCAAAUGGCAAUAGUUAUUCAACAGUUAUAAAUAUAUCCUGCCGCUUGUUU